CGUGGGGGAGGGGGAGGAAAUCAUUCUAGGGUUAGGGUUUUUCAGAGUCCGUUCGUUUUGGGAAAUUUCCAGCCUAAAAGCUAUAGCUUUUCGAUUCAACCGGUCGAUUCAUUUAUUUUGGAGUUUGAGGCGGUUUUGGCAGUGGCGUAGACUCGUCUGAGCAGCGGGCUAUUACUGCCCUGUGGCCAUUCAAAUCCAUGAUCAACUGCAUUCGAUGGACCCUUCUUCAGUGCAAGCCGCUUCUUCCGUCGUUGAAGAAGACGAGUGGGACACUGAUGGGUUUGUGAUUCCAAGCUUGGGAAUUGGGGACUCUGAUUCAAGUAAAACUAGUGCUCCUCAAGUAGAUUUGAAAACUGCCUCCCCGAAGGCUAAGAAGGAAGAGAAUAUAUACCUGGGACCCCAUGGAGCUCCUCCUUCACAAUCGAAGCAGCAAGAGCUGAGCUCCUCUGGCCGGAAGCAGAAGUUCAAACAGAAACUGAAGGAAGCAGACCGGAGAAUCAGUGGGACUGGGCGAGAAAAUAAGGUGGAGAAUCUGCAGGAGCUUGUUGGUGGAGUAACUGUCAGCGUGCCAAAGGGUUCCGGCAGAGAUUGGCUCGAUCCACAUUGCCAUGAAUCGCAAUUUGAGAGGCGACAUCGUCAGUAAUUGUGAGUUAAAUCUUAUAGUUUUAAGAUAAAGUUUUACCCCCAGAACUUGUUUCUAGGAACUGGUACCAACCAUCUCAGUGUGAGAGAAACUGGGCAUGUCAUCUUAGUUUCUGCAUUUAAAAAUAAUUCCCUGGUGGGAUUCAUUGUGGAAGCUAUUACUGGAGAUGUUAUAUUAAUGAAGAAAUCAAGGGUUUGCUUCUCUA